GGUGAUGCGCAGGGUGCCUGAAGUGGGACGGGCAAAGAGGGGGAACUCUGGCCCCGUCCCGUUUCUCCACUUUUAAUGAGCGCUGCGAUCAUGCAGGAGUAAAAGUCCAGGUGGAACAGUUCAGCACUUGCACACACACUCUCGCGGCUCCAAAUUUGCUUUUCAAUGAAAGAGUGAGGAAUCCGGGGAAAACAGCGCAGGGAAUUACUAUUAUUUUAACGCCUGGAGGACUGUUUUACCUUUCAGGUUGGGAGGUUAGACGAGGACAUCUGGCUGACCUGCUGAACCAGCACCCAACCCAUCAUGAUCAGAGCAUCCCUCACUGCCAUCUGCCUCGCGCUCCUCCUGUCCUGUGCUUGCUGGGCCAAGCCUAACGGAUCAAAGAACAAGAAACCAAAGCAAGUUGUUCCAGAGAUAGAGUGUGAUGUCAGGGCAGGAAAGAUCAAUCUCCCAGAGUUCAUAGCUAAAUGUCCUGCACACUGUAAGGAGACAAAGCAGCAAGUCUAUGGCACAGGCGUGUUCGCUUCAAUCUCCAGCAUCUGCAAUGCAGCCAUCCACAGUGGCAUCAUCACCAACACGGGAGGAAAGGUGAUAGUGAGGAAGAUGGCGGGGCAGAACAUCUACAAAGGCAGUAACUCCAACGGAGUGCGCUCUCUGUCUCUGCCGAAGUGGAGGGAGUCAUUUGUUGUCUCAGUGGGGAAACCCAAGAAAGGAGUGAUCUACCCAUCUACGCUGGACUUCGUGCCCUCAAGACCAACCUAUGUGAAGACAAGUCAAAAGGAGGCCAAAACCCCUGCGGCCACCACAGUGCUGCCUACGACGGUAGCACCUGAACCCACCACAACUACAACACCUGAACCCACCACCACCACCACACUGGCUACAACUACCACAACCACCACCACGGCACCUCCACCACCGCCCACUACCCCCAAGCCUCGAGCUGCUGUCCAUAAAGUCCGGGAUGCAGGCAGCAGUCACCCAUACCUUGCCGCUGUGGCAGCUGCAGGUUCAAGACAGUCACAGAGUGCUCAAGGAAAGAAUCCAAGUCAAGUAUUCAGAGGAGGUGGAUAUCCCAAUAGGUUCCCACAACGUACCAGUGCAGGUCUGCGCAGACCAGAGGCAGGGUCUGCUAUCAGGAGACAGCCAUCCUCUCCAGUUGGCCCAGCUUUUAACAGGGUUCAGCCGGCUCCACCCGAGCGGACUCCAACCAUGAGCCAGUCAAACCCCGCUUUUCCCAGAAGGGACUGGGCCCCUUCCUCCUUUCCUCGUCCUGAUUGGUUCCCUGGAGCUCGACGACCAGCAGAUGUUAGUUAUGCAGCUCCAGACUCAGGAUACACGUGGAGUGAGACGGACACACCUGAGGUUCCAGCUCGGGAUCACAGGCCUGAUAUCUCAGAGUAUGAGCGCUGGUUUUAUAACUAUGGACCGUACCUGCCUCGCAUCUCUGACUCAGACGUCAUCCGUAAAGUGCCACUGGAUACAACCCAUACUAGAGUGGAGCCAGUGGAUGCCUGGAAACCAGACGCAAACCUUUAUGAAUCAGGUUUCAACGUGAGGGAGCAGGAACCUGUACCCAGAGCACCUGAGCCUGUGUCACAGGGAGACCCAAAUUGUAAAGUGGACCUGGUAUUCCUGAUGGAUGGGAGCUGGAGCAUUGGGAAGAGGCGCUUUAAGAUCCAGAAAGACUUCCUGUCAGAGGUGGCUCAGACUAUCAAUGUGGGCGUGGCUGGACCCAUGAUGGGCCUCAUCCAAUACGGUGAUGACCCUGUGACAGAGAUCAGUCUGAAGUCUUACUCCAACUCCAGAGAGGUGAAGUCAGCCAUAGAAAAGAUCGUGCAGAAGGGAGGCCUCACCAAUGUAGGAAAGGCCCUCUCCUACAUCAACAAGCACUAUUUCAGUGAUGCCAAUGGAAACCGAGGUGGAGCACCCAACGUGGCCGUGGUGCUGGUGGACGGCUGGCCCACGGACAAGGUGGAGGAGGCGUCUCGGCUCGCUCGGGAGUCUGGCAUCAACAUAUUCUUUGUAACCAUUGAGGGGCCAGACGACAACGAGAAACAAAACCUGGUUGAGACCAACUUUGUUGACAAGGCUGUGUGUCGGACCAACGGCUUCUACUCCCUGCCCGUGGCCAGCUGGUUUGCUCUGAGGAAGGCGGUGCAGCCCCUGGUGAAAAGAGUGUGUGACACAGACCGCCUGGUGUGCAGCAAAACCUGCCUCAACGCUAACGACAUCGCCUUCGUCAUUGACGGGUCCAGCAGCGUGGGAACGGGCAACUUCCGUACGGUGCUGCAGUUUGUGGCCAACAUCACGCGAGAGUUUGAGAUCUCUGACACCGACACGCGGGUCGGAGCCGUGCAGUACACCUACGAGCAGAGGCUGGAGUUCGGCUUCGGACAGUACAACAACAAAGCCGAGCUGCUUAACGCCAUCAAACGUAUCAACUACUGGAGCGGCGGGACCAGCACUGGCGCUGCCAUCACCUAUGCUGCCGAGCAGCUUUUCAGCAAAUCCAAACCCAACAAACGCAAGAUCAUGAUUGUCAUUACAGAUGGCCGCUCCUAUGAUGACGUCAGGGUGCCUGCACUGGCUGUCCAUAGCCAAGGUGUCAUCGCCUACUCCAUCGGCAUCGCCUGGGCCGCCCAGGACGAGCUGGAGUACAUCGCCACGGACCCUGACAAGGAGCACUCCUUCUUCGUGGAUGAGUUCGACAACCUCUUCAAAUUUGUACCCAAGAUCAUCCACAACAUCUGCCAGGAGUUUAACUCCCAGCCCAGAAACUGAGGACGGACGGACCAAGGGGGUGGAGGGGAGGUGUAGCGAGGGACAUCUUGAUCCUGGGCUGUCUCAACAGAACACUGAUUGUAAAUUUACUCACUCUGGCGCCCAGAUGGCGGUGCUGGAUUGGCUGCAGUGCCGCAUAUUUGAACAGGGAGGGAUUUUGAAUUUAGGUGAGGACUGUGGGUUUGGACUAAACAAAUCUUACAGUGAAUCAGCAUUCGGUGCUAAACUUACAGAUGGUGGUAAUGGUAAAGGGUUUGCAUUCACAGUGACGUACCGACAUCUCAUGUGUACUGUGGUGCCAGUUGUUCUCCGUUGGUGCCAUAAAGAAAACUCCUAAUCAUCUAUUUAUGGCACAAAUAAGUCACCCUUUAUAAAGGUUUUAUUAGUUGUAACUAAGGUUUUGUAAUAGAUCAGUUAGAAGGCAUUAAUCAGAGCAAUACUUGGGUUGUGAAUAAUCCCCUGACAGUAGAUGAGUUGAUUCUCCUCAAGCAUGAAACCUUUGCCUCCAAAUUGCACACUUUUAACUUUUAGUACUUACUGCAGCUGCUCUGUUGGAUGCAGGUUGCAUACAAUUUGAACAUACAAUAGUCAUUCAUUGCACCUCGAACUUUGACCCUUUUCCCCAUAUGCUUUGCAGAGGAUUGUGGGUCAGAAUCGCCAGAAAAGUAUGCUGCAAAAUUCAAUUUAAAUUUUUGGCAUACUGCAUGCAUAUUAAUAUUAAAUGGUAUGGGUAUUGAUACAAACACCAUAUUUGCUUAUUACCUUUUUUAGUUCAUCAUGCAAACGUCUCCAAUGCACCGUUUGACCUCUAACCUUGUGGAAAAGAUCUGCAGUACAACUUUUCAGUGUUUACUGCUGGAGGAGCCAAGGGGAUUUUUGGCAACCCAAAAGUUAAAGCCUCAAGUACAACUUACCUUUUCAAAGCGUGCCUUAUAAGGAAGUGGUACCAAAAUGAUAAACAUACAUAAGACUACCUUACUGGGAUAUGGUGCUGCAGAGAAAUGUAGAUUUAAAGCAUGCCUAGCACUUCCUCUUAUGGCUUAACAUACUUCAUAAACUUAAUAAUAUGGUGCUUUUUAUACCAUUCUCUGUAAAGAGGAUAUACUUUCUUAGAAUUGGUGCAUUUUAAUCUUCCUAAUAGGAGAGAUUUGAUAGUAGGGACAUUGUUAAAGUUCCUCUCAAAGACUAUGGUGCUGAUAUUGCUGUUGGUAUGAGUGGUAGUUGAAAUGAGGAUUACGUAAAAGGAAAAUCAUCAACAGUGAGACGUGAGGAAGGAGGAGCUUGUAUAUGUUUGUAUAGAGAGAUGGCAGAUCAUAAAUUUGCUUCUCUGGAAUGAAAGAAAUUCAUCUCAUCACUCUUGUUUUCUAACAGCGUGGUUGCUUCUAACACUGCAGGCAUUUCUCAGUUUUGUUAAAAGAGUAUUUAUGAUUUUCUUCCUGUUUGUACAUAUGCAUAUUAAAAGCCUUUCGCUAAUAAUGUUCAUAAUUGAUCAAUAUUUUUUUUGCAUUUUUAAUAAAAUAAAGAAAAUUAAG